CUUACAUACAUACGUACCGAUCGCUGACGCGAGGAGACUCGCGAAGGAUAUACCGGCAUUACUCUUGCCUUGAGGCUGUGCGUUCGCGAGUGUUCGCGUGAUAGAUAGUGUUAUGCGAUCACGAUGAUUGUGAAGAACGCGAUAGAAAAUCAAUUGAUGCCAAUGGAGAUCAUACUCACCCGCGAUCAGAGGACUACGUCCCACCGGGUCCAUGACCAGACGAGUCCUGUUAUGCAAGUCAACGCGCUGAUAUCAAAGUCGGCGGUCUCAUCGUUGGAACAAACCAAAUAUCAGGACAUCGUCGCGAGACGUCAUUGCACUAAAGCGAUAACCGCGAAAACGCUUAAACGAGAGAAAAAGAGUGAUUCGCACCUCAUGCCAACAUUUUAUCACGACCGAAGAACACAACAUUCUAAUGCAUCCUUCAGCGUACUCAGAUUUCUAAGGUUAGGCUGUGCGUUGGUGAUUAUACUAGCGACGCUAUCAGUGCGAAGUGCUCCAAUAAUGAAUUCCCCGAAGAAAACGGAUGAUAUGAAAUGGGUGAAUCCUUGUGGCGUCUCUACCAAAUUACGAACAAACGGCUCCAAUCCGGACAUUGCUCAGUUGGAGGACCAUGAUCUCCUCAACCAAAUAGUACUCCAAGCGAGAACGGCAUUAAAGCAUGCACAACUAUUUAGAGAUGAAUUUAUCAGACAAACUUUCAAGACGGACUUCGCCAGCGUCCACAAUUUGUGGAGGAAAUAUCACUACGCUUGGCUGCCUACACGAUCUGAAAUACCCAAAGAACUGGGAGAGGAACUGGAUAAGGAGCAUCUUAACAAAUUAGAUAUUAAUACGUCUCUCGUCGAUGCGUAUGAAUAUAUGCAGAAAUAUGCGGUGGGCUUAGAGCAGGUAGUUUUGGAUCAAAAGGAUUAUCAGCCUAAGUAUCAUCAGAAAUUCACAGAAGCCGAGUGGAAACUUCGAGCGGUUCUGUGUGAAAUCCAAGUUGCUAUAGAAGAACGUAGUGUAACGCGACGGCCAGACGUCACUCGAGAUGUUAUGACAUCUGAUUUCCGAACGAUGACAGACAUGACGUCCCGUGAUCUGCGUGAUUGGAUGAUUUUUCGCGAAUACAUGAAUGGUCUCGAGUACGUGAUACAAGUAUUUUCACAUCUACGCCUACGCUAUAGUCACUGA